AUGAGUUACAAUAGACCGCCUAUGCCAUCACAUUGUCCCAGAACCAACAAUGAUAACCAGGUUGGUUACAAUACAACCAUGGAUGACAUGCCUCCACCAUAUAGUGAGCAUGAUACAUUAAGUGUACCUCCACCUUUACCUUCUAGACCAUUAACUCCUAUUCACACUGGAAAUGAAAAUACACCGCCUUUACCCUCGAGGCCAGGCAGCUCUACAUCGAAUGCAGAUUUUGGUCCACCCUUACCUACGCGACCUACCAGUAACAAUAGUACCCAGUCAAUGGAUAGUUAUUCUUCUAGCAAUAGACGUCGACAGAUACCACCACCUAUUCCUACUAGGUCUACGAAUACUUCUAAUUACUCACUUAAAUAUAAUGAAUCAUCAUCUGCAGAGAGAGCUCAACCUUCUAUUCCAUCAAGAAACUAUGAAAGUAGCAGCCCUUCUGAAUUAAGUGGUCACAGAAGAAGUAUUUCCCCCGAUACUCAAGAUAAUACAAUUACUACACCUAUUAAUAAGCAGAUGGAAAAAAUGACCUUAAACGACAACAAUCCUGUAAAGCAAAUGAUAGAUUUUCAUACUCCAAUCAGUAUGACGGCCCCACCUUCAGAAAUAUUUAAUACUAGGGAGCAUACAAUACCAUUACCAACAAACUAUUGUAAGACUUCUGAAAUUCCAACGGUUGAGACAAAUAAAUUCUACGGGAAUAUGUUCCUGGGUCAGCAAAGAUGUCCUAUCUGGACGCAUCCUUAUUCACUAUGGUUGACUAAAGAAUCGCCAUUCAUCGGGAUCGCAACAACACAUAUCCGUGAAGAGCAACGUGUUUUUGAUGAUAAAAAUGAUCCACCCCAGUUCUUCUUUUCUCCAACCAACAUCAAGGCAUUUGUCUUCAGCUCAUUAGAGUUUUCUAAUGCUACUACUGAUGCAGUCUCGUUAAAUUUUACUGAUGUGAAGCAUAUGUCUGUCCAGCUUCAGUUGAAACUAAAUGACUCUCAAUUUGUUUGGUUUCCCAUUGUUCAGGGUAUGGGUUUCGUGACUGCUAUUUAUUACAAUCUUACUCCAUCCUUGCAAAGUGCUAUUGGAUACAAGUCCCUCAAUAUAAUAUGGUGUAACAAUCAAAUUACUAAAUACCACAUAAAAUUGGAGAAUGAUAUUGUCUGGACAUUAUAUGUAACUUCUCAAGAACCGAUAACGUUAUCUUUGGUAGAAGGACACAGAAUUUCGGCGGAUAGAACAGUCAAUGGUUGUAUAUUUCAAUUAGUUGCCGACACAAACGAUAGUAUAGAUCAGGCAGCAAACUGUUUCCAAAUCGAUGCUGAACUAAAGGCAUCUAUUUUAGAUAAUGAUCCAGCCAAGGCUCGAUACAGUUUCAAUUAUGUAACAAAUGGUAUUUCUUCUUCGGGAAAGCCACUCUUGUACGCUUUACCCCAUCAUAUAGAUUACAUGACAUCACAAACCUUGAGCACUGAGAUUGAUUCUCAGUUGGCAUCCACCGUUUAUGGGAGAAUGUCCGGAUUUAUUACAAAUAAAAUAGAAAUGGAAAUUGCGGUUCCAAAUGAAGUACAAUUUGAACCAUUUUCCACAAUUCCGAAUCGAAAUAAAAAAUAUAGCAAUGAAGUACUGAAUACUAUGAGGAAUGCGGCAAUUGAAGAAACUCAGGGUGAUGUAAUAAAUGAAUCGAACCUAGAUUCAAUGUAUUUUUCAGGAAAGAUACUUGCAAAAUUUGCGUGGAUCCUAUAUUGCUGUCAUUUCAUCCUAAAUGAUGAAGCUUUAGUCUCACAUUUGUUGAAUAAAUUGAAAGGUGCCUUACAGCGUUUUAUUGAUAAUCAGCAAAUAUUACCAUUGGUUUAUGAUACAACCUGGGGUGGUGUAAUAUCAUCUGGGAAUGAAUCACAGGAUUUUGGGAAUCCAUACUAUAACGAUCAUCAUUUUCAUUACAGUUAUCAUGUGAUUGCAGCUGCAAUUGUGGCCAAAAUAGAUAAGGAAGUGUCGGGAAAUAGUGUUUGGUUGGACACAAACAAAGAAUGGGUCGAACUCUUAAUAAGAGAUUAUGCAAAUCCAUCUCCAAAUGAUCCUUAUUUCCCUGUGUUUAGGUCGUUUGAUUGGUAUAAUGGUCAUUCCUGGGCAAAAGGAUUAUUCGAGAGCGGUGAUGGGAAGGACGAAGAGUCAAGUUCAGAAGAUGUAAAUGCUUCUUAUGCGCUCAAAUUAUGGGGUCUUACAACAGCGAACCAAAAUUUAGUUAACAUUGCUGAUCUACAAUUGGGUAUAUUGAAAACGUCCUUAAAUAAGUACUUCUUGUACCAAGAUAAUAAUACAGUUGAACCUGCGAGAUUUAUUCGUAAUAAAGUAAGUGGGAUCUUAUUCGAAAAUAAGAUAGAUCACACUACAUAUUUUGGCAAUAAGAUGGAAUACAUUCAAAUGAUCCACAGUAUACCUAUCAUUCCGCCAUCUUCAUUCAUUAAGUCUCCGAUAUUCGUUAGAGAAGAAUGGGAACAAAUUCUGAGAGAUAUUGUGGAGAGUGUAAACGACGGAUGGAAAGGGAUUAUUAUGCUGAAUGUUGCAUUAUUUGAUCCGAAUUUAUCUUAUAGAUUUUUUUCUGAUCCAAAUUUUAAUAAAGGAUUUUUGGAUAACGGUCAAAGUUUAACCUGGUCAUUGGCAUUCAGCGGAGCUUAUAUAUAA